AUGGAUAGCGUCCUGCGUCAAUCCAAGGCCAUGUGCCCGUUCUUGAAGUCGGCAUCGCCCGCGACCCUGCGUGCCAUGUCGACGGUGACUCGCCCCAAGGCCUCGCCAUUGGGCGGCACCAUGUCCAAGCUGCAGCUGUAUGCGCACCGCUGCCCCGUCAUGGGCAAGGCCAUGGCCGUGCAGUCGUCCAAGCACGGCGCUGCGGCGGGCAUCCGUGCCUUUUCGGCGCAGACCAAGACCACCGGCAAGGCCAGGCUUCACACGAGCCGCAACCAGGAGGCCCGGGCCGUGGAGAGCCCAAUUCUCGAGGGACGCAAGAAUGGUGAGUUUCUCUUGAUGUUUCCAGUUGCCGUUGCGAAUGGAAUCAAAUCGACUGACCGUGUUUGUCUUGUUGCAGCGCCGCCUCCUCCUCCCGGCGUGGCUGCCCGCAAGGAUGCGCCGCCCGUCGCCGCGACUCCGUCCGUCUUCAGCUCGACCGGCAAGUUUUCCUAUGAGGAUUUCUACCAGUCCGAGCUGGACAAGAAGCACAAGGACAAAUCGUACCGCUACUUCAACAACAUCAAUCGCCUCGCCAAGGAGUUCCCGGUCGCGCACAUGGCCAGUAAGGAGGACAAGGUGACCGUCUGGUGCGCCAACGACUACCUGGGCAUGGGCGGGAACCAGCACGUUCUCAACACCAUGCACGAGGCUCUGGAGAAGUAUGGCGCCGGUGCUGGAGGCACUAGAAACAUUUCCGGACACAACAAGCAUGCCGUUGAGUUGGAGGGGACGCUGGCCAAGCUCCACGCCACCGAGUCGGCGCUCGUCUUCAGCUCCUGCUAUGUUGCCAACGAUGCCACUCUGGCCACUCUGGGUAGCAAACUGCCCGACUGCGUUAUCCUGUCUGACAGCUUGAACCACGCCUCCAUGAUCCAGGGUAUUCGCCAUUCCGGGACCAAGAAGAUUGUGUUCAAGCACAAUGACAUUGCAGAUCUCGAGGCCAAGCUGGCUUCGCUGCCUCUGCACGUCCCCAAGAUUAUUGCUUUCGAGUCUGUCUACAGCAUGUGCGGUUCCAUUGGACCGAUUGAGGCGAUUUGCGACCUGGCCGAAAAGUAUGGCGCCCUCACCUUUUUGGAUGAAGUUCACGCCGUCGGCAUGUACGGCCCAACCGGCGCUGGUGUUGCCGAGCACCUGGAUUGGGAGGCUCAUGCCAACGGCAGGCCCCGCGGGACCAUCAUGGAUCGCAUUGACAUAUUCACCGGGACUCUUGCCAAGGCCUACGGGUGCGUCGGUGGCUACAUUGCCGGCAGCGCCAAGUUUGUCGACAUGAUUCGAUCGCUCGCCCCCGGCUUCAUCUUCACCUCGACUCUGCCACCGGCAACAAUGGCCGGCGCCAGGGCUUCCAUCGAGCACCAGAUGGCCUAUGAUGGCGACCGUCGCCUGCAGCAGCUGCACACCCGCGCCGUCAAGGAGGAGCUCAAUGCUCGCGACAUUCCCGUCAUUCCUAACCCGUCUCACAUCAUCCCCAUCCUGGUCGGCAACGCUGGCCUGGCCAAGGCGGCCUCGGACCUCCUUCUCCAGGACUACAGGAUCUACGUCCAGGCCAUCAACUACCCCACCGUCCCCGUCGGCCAGGAGCGUCUCCGCGUCACUCCUACUCCCGGCCACACCAAGGAGCUCCGCGAGAAGCUCGUGACCGCUCUCGACGAGAUCUGGACCCGCCUUGACAUCAAGCGCACUUCGCAAUGGGCUGCCGAGGGUGGCUUCAUUGGCGUCGGCGAGCCGGGCAACGUCCAGGAGCCUCUGUGGACUGAUAGGCUGCUGGGCAUCGAGCAGGCUACGCAAGAGGCCAAGGCCGCCGGUGUUCCUGAGAACGGCAUCACCGAGGCUCUGCUCGCCCGCGAGGCAAACAACGCCAACCGCGUGAUGGAUGUCUCGGCUUAA